UUUCUACCCUUUUAUCUCUUUUGUCUCUAUAAAGAUUAAAAUUCUUCUAUCAUAAAUGUAUCUAUUUAAUGUUUUAUGCUCUGAACCAGGUGACUUCUGCCUUCCAUGUUAGUGCCAGCCUUUCCUAGAAUGCUGCACUUGAACUGGUGCUUUGUGCUGUGCAUCACUUUGUGAUUUUAUUUGUGGAUGUGUGUAACUGCUGAGAUGAUUUUAUAUGAAAAAUGUUAAUUGUAAAUUAAUAGGAUUGGUUACAUUUCCCUUUGGGGUAUAGGUGAUGAUCACUGAUAAAAUGAGGGUUUCUAUUAACAGAAAUGUUAAAACAGUAAAUCCAGGUAGAAAGGAUGAGCUUUCUGCAUUGCCAAAAAGAGUUUAUUUGUUUCUUGGAGGAUUUAAGAAAUGUCACAGUUCUGUAGCAUAGAGUCAUAUAUUCCUAUAAAAGUACUUUAAAAGAACUUAAAAGGAAACACACUUCUGCAGAUGUUAAAUGGUAUCAGAGGCUCUUUGCAAAGUAAAAUCAUAAUGAACAUGUUGGAUUUUGCAAAUGUGGAUAAGCAUCAGAAUAUUUCAGUCUGCUGUGUUGGACUGCAAUUCUCAAAGCUCUCAUUUAGAGCCUUUCCCCUCCUGUACAAUAUUUGGUGUUCAGAGGUUUUACUCUAUCAGAACAAUUGCAUUUGCAGAGUGUCUCCAUUGGCUGAUUGUCAGUGGAUGUGUAACCCCAGUUUGGGGCAGCCUCCAUCAGUACUCAUCACUGAGCUGUGUGUUUUGGCUUGCCCUGGUUGGUUGUUUCUGGCAGAGCACAGCACAUUUCCUGCUUCCCCUGAGCAUGAGCUCACACUCCAGCAGGUGUGGGGAACUCAGGAGCCUUCUCCUUGCUGGUGCUGUGAGCCAAGGGCUUCUAAGCCUCCUGUUCAAGGAAAUGCAAUGAAAAGUAAGGAGCAAAUGUUGAUAUUAGAAUCUGUGUAAGCACAGAAGCUGUAAAACAGUCAGGGAUGACAGGACUGAGCCAUCACACCCCAUCCAAGUUUCCUUUUGUGUGUUCAGCCUGUGCAGCCAAAGCUUUGUGGGCUCACAGGCUGCUCAAGCCCUGCCACCUCCCAGAGCAGCUCCUUCCUUUAAAAUACAGAUUCCAUCUCCUUGCUGCCUACCUGGAAACUCCCAUCCUGCCUGCUCAUCAGGCUGAGGGCUGCUCAGCCAGGAGGGCAUUUCCAGGAGAUGCCUCAGUGGGGCUGACCUGAGCAACACUCAGUCAGUGACUGCAGCUCAGUGUCAUUUGCUUUCCUGCUCUGUGCUUGCUGGAAUGCAGCCCACUGUACUCAAGACAUAAUAAAUGAGGGGUUCUAUAAUUGACCAAAUGCAUAUUUUUCUGCCAACUAGUUUGUAAGUCAUGUCAUUGCUGUGACUCACUGAAAAUGCUGAUUUGUGAGCAGUGAAUUAAAGACAAAUGGCUGAAGCAGUUGUGUGUGCAGCCCCCUUCAGGACAGUGCUGCUUUCACAGCAGGAGUUGGGAACUUCUGUGGGAGCAGCUGAUGUGCUGCCACAAUUUCCAGUUCCCAGCUGCUGAGCUAGGUUUGACUGGUGCAGGUGUUCAUAACCCUUAGCAAGGACUGGCAGUUCAGGAACUCCUUCCUGCAUGGUUCAGCCACAGCAGCUUCAGGGGACAACUUCCAGGACAAGGGAAGCUUGGCACAGUGACAAAUUCCUCCAUCCAAAUAUGCCUGAAUUUGAGCCACCCCCAGCAGUUCAUGCUGCCUCAAAGGGAGGUGAUGGCUCUGUGUGUUGUGUCCUUCAGAAUUCUGUUCAGUAAGAAUUUCUCUGUGCCUUAUAAACAUGUUGUUACUGUCAGCAUUUAUCUAGAUUUGUAACUAUAAACUUCCAAGAACUUAGGCACCCAAAUGUGUUAAUACAACUAAGUCACUGGAAUUUUCAUGGAAUCACUUUACUGCAUCUAAAUCAGAUGUAUAUCAGAUGUGUAUUUCGUUCCAUUGAACUUUGGGCCUUUGUGAAGCCAUCUCAGAUGCUUAUAAGAUAUUUGCUUGCUGAUUAGUUUAAAUAAAUAAAUAAGUAGUAGGAAGAGAGAGGAAGAAGGGAAAAUGCAAUUCCAGAAAUUUGCCAGCAUCAGAAAAUACCCUUUUUCUUGCCUGUCUCUAUUACAAUAAUGAUAAUUUAGGUUUGAGAUAGUGAAUGUGCUGGCAGAAGUAAUUUAUAAGGAGUCUGAUAUCUCUGACUUAUAUCACAUGAGAGUUCAUCAGUUAGAAUCUCAAAUUCUACCCAGAAUUCAAUAAUUAGCUUAGGCAGACCUUGUAAGCCACAAGUUUAUCUGCUUUCAGUGACAUGGGCUGCUCUGUCACUGUGGUCAUUCCUAAUGUGGUACCAAGGCUUUUCUAAAUAAACUAAAAACCAGCAAAUAACAAACCUGUAGGAAUUGGUGUUAUCAUUUCUUUCACACAUGCAUUUGUACAGUUUGUUUGACACUUGUUGUCUCUGUGAUUCCAGUGUGUAGCAAGCCAAGCUGUGAUCCCUGCUAACUGUAUAGAAAUGUGCCUUUAUUCAGUACAAUGUAAUGCAGUAUUUUUAUUUAUGAUGCAUUUGUAUUCCUUCCCUUCAAAUAUUCCAUAAACUGUCCUCUUCUUUAACAAGACCCAAGGGCUGAUGCAGGGAUGUUGGUUGCUGCUGUGAGAUGUUGCUUUGUUUCUUCCUGUAAUUCCAUCCUGACCUGGCAAUGCAGGCUCAGAGUUAUCAUUUCAUUUGACCUGUAAAUCAAUCUGUGUAACAUGCAAAGUAACCACGAAUGCAAAGGAAAUGAGAACAAAGUCAUUUGAAAAGCAUUUUAUAGGGCACAUUCCAAGGCUGCAUUUAUGUGUGCUUUAUUCCUUUCAUGAGGAAACAGUGAAAUAUGCAGGACUGUAACACAAAUACACAAAGAAACAGGAAAAAGGAAGGGUAGAGUGAGAAUAUUUAUGUAUGUUAAUGAAGAAUGGAGGGAUUUAAGAAGAACCUGAUCUCUUAGCUUUGCAGCAAGGAAUAAGGAUCUGCAUCUUCCUUUCCCUUCUGGCCUGGACUUGGAGCAUGGCAUGGCAGUACUUAGCAGGAUGCAUUGAAUAAAAUAUGACCAUCCUUCUUUGCUAAAGGAACAUAAAUGAUGUACCAAUGAAGCCCUGCCCUUUUCUGGCUCCCAGCCAGGCAGCAGCUACAGAGGAGCAGGAAGAGCAAAAGGCCUGAGCAGGCGUGAAUGCUCUGCGAGCGAGAGCACCUGAUGCCCUUGAGUCACGAAUUGUCCAGCACAGACACCUCACCCUCCUGCCCGCACAGCAAGGCCUGGGAGACACUGACAGCAGGAUUCUACCAAGGCCGGGAUGCCAGAGGGAUCCAGGGAAGAGCUCCCCAGCAGCCCACCCUGUGAGAGCCAGGGGACAGAGCCUGCAGGGCUGCUGGCUCCCAGGAGCAGCAGGACAAUGGUGACAGGAGGUGGAGGCUACCUGGGGUACAAUCUGGGAUGUGCCCUGGUCAGCUCAGGAAUUGCUGUUGUGCUCUUUGAUCUUCGCAAACCCAAAUGGGAAAUUCCACGCGGAGCGGAUUUUUUCAAGGGUGAUGUGAGGGAUUAUGAAGCAGUGUUCAAAGCAUGUGAAGGGGUUGACUGUGUUUUCCAUGUAGCUGCAUGUGGAAUGUCAGGAUUGGAACAACUUCAAAAGAAAGAUCAGAUUGAAUCCAUAAAUGUUGGAGGCACAAAAGUAAUAAUUGAUGUCUGCAAACAAAGAAAUAUCCCCAGACUGAUCUAUACCAGUACAGUGAAUGUGGUGUUUGGAGGGAAGCCUAUUGAAGAAGGAGAUGAAGAAACUGUUCCAUAUUUUCCACUGGAAAAGCAAUUUAAUCAUUAUUCCAGAACCAAGGCAAUUGCAGACCAAAUGGUUCUUGCUGCUAAUGGAACUUUACUCAAAGGAGGGGACAAGCUCCACACGUGUGUGCUGCGCCCGCCGGGCAUCUACGGACCAGAAGAGCAGCGGCACCUGCCUCGAGUAGCUAUAAACAUUCAGCGGAGACUUUUCAACUUCAAGUUUGGGAAUCACAAGGUUCAGAUGAACUGGGUUCACAUUGGAAAUCUAGUGCAAGCUCAUUUACUGGCUGCUGAGGCUCUCACCUCUGAGAAGGGCUAUGUGGCUAGUGGCCAGGCUUACUACAUCCAUGAUGGUGAAAAUGUCAUCUUCUCUGAGUGGAUUGUGCCUUUGUUUGAAAAAUUAGGCUACAGGAAACCUUGGAUACACAUUCCUGUUCUCCUGGCUCAUAUAGCAGCCACUGUGAUGGAAUAUUUGCACCUGAUACUAAAGCCAGUUUUUAGCUUUACACCUUUCUUGACAAGGAAUGAGGUGUGGAAUGUCACUGUAACUCACACCUUCCGAAUUGACAAGGCACGAAAUCAGCUCGGUUACAAACCAAAGAAAUUCUCAUUCGCUGACUCUGUGGAUCAUUACCUAAAAACAAGACCUACCUGCCAAGAAGAUCACACAUUCCUUAAAAUGGUGUUUGUUUUUGGCAUUUUGUUAAGUUUUGUCAUUCUUUCUUUCUUCUAAAAUCAAAUGACCACUCACCUGUUCCAGAAACCUUCAUUUUGUUUCUGAGUAUUAAUUACCUGGCCAUGGUACAUUCCUCAGCACUCUGGACUUUGUUAUUCAUAUUGCUGUGAUGACACCUCUCUGACCUCAUUAAGAAAGAAAAAAAACCCAAACAAAAAACAUCUUAAAAAGUGAAAACAUGGGAUGUAUCAGGAAAUGUUCUCCAAGAGCAACACAGUGUUACAGCAAAGGAGGUCACCACAAAUGGGUGCAGGAAUAGCUUUAAUGGACCUUCAUUAAGGGAUGUUUCAUGCUGGGAAGCAUUUUCUAAAAAUGAGAAUUCAGGAGGGUGAGAAGGUGGAAGAAGAGGAACUGUCACAGGACAACAGUGCUGUAACAAAUCCAGUACUCCAGUGAAGAAAAGUCUGACUAAACAACUCUUCUGAUGAAGCCACAGCUACUGUCAGUUAGCCUGAGGAAUUACAGAGACCUGGGAAACAGUGGAAAAAUAUGGAAAGUAAAUAUUUAUAAAUAAUAGGUGAUUAGAGUAGUGAAAAUCAUAUUUAUGUAAAAUAGUUGUAUUGUUCUAAAGCUUUGUAAAAAUGUAAUUAAUAUCACUAUGUGUGUUUGUAAAUCAAAUAUAUCCUUUCAAUGCAAUAAUAAACAAUAACUGAACCAAA